AUGGCAAAUACGGGUUUAUUGCCAUUUGUUCGAGGUGUAGACUUCACCUGCAAUGAUUUCAGCGACGAAAAAUUUCCCGAUGCUAUUCGAUACAUGACCGGUCUUCAAUGGCUCCGGCUAGACAAGACAAAUCUGACUGAUAUCCCUGAAGAACUUGGGAAGCUUAUGAAAUUGGAAAACCUUUCAUUGAAGAAGAAUGGCUUGGAGAAGUUAUUUGGUGAAUUGACUGAACUGAAAUGUCUAAGGUCACUAAAUGUGAGACACAAUAAGGUGAAAAGCUCAGGGAUACCUGUGGAACUGUUCCGUUUGGAAGAACUCACCACCUUGGAUUUGUCUCAUAAUAGACUGAAGGAAGUACCUGAAGGGCUAGAAAAAGCCAAAUCAUUACUAGUUUUAAAUCUCAGCCACAAUAAAAUAGAGAGCAUCCCACCUUCCUUGUUUGUACAACUGACAGAUUUAUUGUUCCUGGAUCUUUCUAACAACAUGCUUGAGACUCUUCCACCUCAGACAAGGAGGCUGGCAAACCUCCAGACUCUUAUACUCAAUGAUAAUCCUCUGGGAGUGUUUCAAUUGAGGCAACUACCCUCUCUUCAAAGUCUAGAAACAUUGCACAUGCGUAACACUCAACGUACACUAGCGAAUCUACCGUCGUCUCUUGAUACUUUAUCCAAUCUGAGUGACGUAGAUCUUUCCAAGAAUGCCCUAACUAAAGUGCCUGACGCGCUGUAUUCGCUUCUCAGUCUGAAGAGAUUGAACCUGAGCGACAAUGAAAUCACUGAAAUAUCUGCUGCGAUGGACAACUGGCAGAAGCUAGAGAGCUUAAACUUAUCUCGAAACAACCUAACUGCUCUACCAGCUUCAAUGUGCAAGCUACAGAACCUGAGACGACUACACGUAGACGACAAUAAAUUAGACUUUGAAGGGAUACCAUCGGGUAUCGGGAAGCUUGGGAGUCUUGAAGUGUUCUCUGCUGCCAAUAAUGUUCUAGAAAUGAUACCUGAAGGACUUUGCAGAUGUGGUUCGUUAAAGAAACUAAACCUUAGCUGCAAUAAACUGAUUACACUACCGGAUGCCAUCCACCUAAUGAGUGACCUAGAAAGCCUUCAGCUUCAUGGUAAUCCUGACCUGGUUAUGCCGCCGAAACCUGUGGAGAGGCCUAGAGGCGCCGGUGUGCAAUACUAUAACAUUGAUUUCUCACUACAAGCUCAACUGCAACUAGCCGGAGCUGCUACUAAUGAACCAACCACGCCAAGUGUAAAGUCAGACCCAAUAGCCCGUAAGUUGCGUUUACGUCGAGGCCGCGCCGAACCGGAACAACGCGACUCGGCUCUAAUAUUGCGAGGCAUGCAGGAGCAAGCCAACACUCAACAUAACGACCAAAGCCUGGAACAACCAAACUCGGAGCUAAAACCGAAACGUUGGGACGAAACCUUAGAAAAACCUCCAUUAGAUUAUUCGGAGUUCUUCGAUGAGGAUACCGGCCAAACACCUGGUAUGCAAGUGUGGGAAAUUGAGAAUUUUAUACCGGCUCCUGUAGAAGAGGUUGCGCACGGCAAGUUCUUCGAAGGCGACUGCUACAUAGUACUGAAGACAACUGUUGAAGAACAAGGCCAACUCUCAUGGGACAUACACUUCUGGAUAGGCUCAAAGGCUACGUUGGACAAGGCGGCGUGUGCGGCGAUGCACGCGGUGAACCUGCGCAACCUGCUGGGCGCGCGCCGCACGCAGCGCCACGAGCAGGGCGACGAGGCGCCCGACUUCCUCGCGCUCUUCCCCACGCCGCCGCUCUACAUACAGGGCAGCCACACGCCCUCCGGCUUCUUCACCGUCGACGACCCCCAUUACGUGACUCGGCUGUAUAGAGUCCACGGCGCCGGCAACAGCAUACACCUAGAGCCGGUACCGGUGGAGGCGGGGACACUCGACCCGCGAUACGUGUUCGUCCUCGAUACGGGACUAGUUAUUUAUCUGUGGUAUGGUAAAAGAGCAAAGAACACAUUAAAGUCGAAGGCACGACUUUUUGCUGAGAAAAUAAACAAAGAAGAGAGAAAGAAUAAGGCGGAGUUGAUUGCAGAACCGCCUGGAAAGGAACCCCGCAGCUUCUGGGAGUUACUCGGCUACCAAGGAGAUAUGCCUUAUGUGCCACAGGAACACGUAGCGGACGACUUCUCUUGGCGAUCGGCGCGGCUGUACCGCGUAGAGCUGGGUAUGGGAUACCUAGAGCUGCCUCAGCCUGAGGCUACUCCUUUGGCUCGAGGUGUUCUGGCUACUCGGAAUGUCUACAUACUGGAUGCUCAUAUCGACGUGUUUGUGUGGUUUGGCAAAAAAUCAUCUCGUCUAGUAAGAGCAGCGGCUGUGAAAUUAGCUCAGGAAUUGUUCAAUAUGGUAACGAGACCUCCGCAUGCACUGGUCACGAGGUUACAAGAAGGAACUGAAACACAGGUGUUCAAAACAUAUUUCUUGGGAUGGGACGAGGUGAUCGCUGUAGACUUCACCCGAACCGCAGAAUCUGUCGCUAGGACAGGCGCCGACCUGGCUAGCUGGGCUAAACAACAGGAAACCAAAGCGGACUUAUCAGCAUUAUUUACGCCACGGCAGCCCGCCAUGGGUUGCGCGGAAGCGAAGACGUUAGCUGACGAGUGGAACGAAGACCUAGAGGCUAUGGAGGCGUUCGUACUUGAGGGACGACACUUUGUUCGUCUACCUGAUAAUGAACUGGGUGUGUUCCACAGCCAUGACUGCUACGUGUUCCUGUGUAGAUAUAUACUACCGGCUGAACCAGAAGACGAAAAUGAUGGUUUUAAUAACGAGACCGAGGAUACAGAAUCUGAAGCAGCAACUUGGGUGGUGUACUUCUGGCAAGGUCGUAAAGCGCCUAAUAUGGGCUGGUUGACUUUUACAUUCGGCCUUGAACGGAAGUUUAAACAGCUGUGCAAGAAGUUGGAGGUAGUGAGGACCCACCAGCAACAAGAGAGUCUCAAGUUCAUGUCGCACUUCCACAGGCGGUUUAUUAUCAAAGAUGGAAAAAGGAAUCAAAAACCGGAGGAAGGCCGACAGCCGGUGGAGUUAUACGAACUGCGUAGCAACGGCUCUGCACUCUGCACUCGACUGGUGCAGGUCAAGGCUGAUGCCACGCAACUGAAUAGUGCUUUCUGCUAUAUCCUGAACGUACCGCUAGAGGGCGCCAACGAAACAUCCUCGGCGAUAGUGUACGCGUGGAUUGGCAGUAAGAGCGACGCAGAUUCUGCUCGCCUCAUCGAACAAAUCGCCGAGGAAAAGUUCAAUAACCCUUGGGUCAGCUUGCAGGUGUUGAUGGAAGGAAGUGAACCAGACAACUUCUUCUGGGUGGCAUUGGGUGGUCGCAAACCGUACGAGACAGAAGCCGACUAUUUGAACUACACCAGGUUGUUCCGUUGUUCUAACGAGAAGGGAUACUUCACCGUCUCCGAGAAGUGUACUGACUUCUGUCAGGAUGAUUUAGCGGAUGACGAUAUUAUGAUCUUGGACAACGGUGAUCAAGUGUUCCUAUGGCUCGGUGCCAAGUGCUCCGAAGUUGAAAUCAAACUCGCUUAUAAAUCUGCACAGGUUUACAUCCAACAUAUGAACACAGUGCAGCCAAACAAAUCGCGCAAGUUAUUCCUAACACUCAAGAAUAAAGAAUCACGAAGGUUCACUAAGUGCUUCCAUGGCUGGGGCGAACACAAGAGACCCCCAGAGUAA